AUGGUAACGCGGAUGAAAAACAUUAGUUCACCACUGACCCGCAUUCCACCUCCUUUCCGUUCAAUGUACCGAUACGGGCAAAGCAAAACGGGAACAAAGGUAAAAAGAAUGAAAAAUUGGCACGGGCAAUGCGGAGCGCGAGACACCUGCAGUGUACAUUAUAUAUUUUUGUUUCGCUAUUAAGUUUAUUAUGAUAUUUUAUAUUUUUAAAUUGCCCAAAGUCACUAAAGUUAUUAAUGUUUACGUUAAAGGGCAUGACGCUGGUCAGUUAUCAGUUUCACCGUCUGAUCGCACAGCCCCCUGAUAAAUUUCGUUCGCCGCGGUGUUCCCCGUUUUGCUUCAUCGGCAACGAGACACAUCCGAUAUAUUUCACUGCAUUUGAAAAAUAUUUAUUGUAG